CUUCAGCCAGCCAGUCAGUGGUCAGUAGCGUCAGCUUCGUUGUGGUGUACGCGUGAGUCUUGUGUUUUCUUGAACGCUUAUUUGGGCUUUAGGUGAACCAAAACUCUCCCAAAGCCUGUCCACAGUGGUCAGCAGGUGCGGCGUUGAUGCUGGUAACAGUGGUGGGGAUCCCGGCACACAGCCAGCAGGCAUCGGCAGCAUCCUUCCGCCUGGUCACCGCUUACACGUUAAACCGAACUGAUGACUCCACUCAAACAUUUCUCAGAGUGGGGACCUCUCCCUCCACCCGGUCCCUUACCUUGGCUCUGCAGACUGACCUGACUAACUGUGGAUGCAAUGUCACCGGGAAUUACUCAGGUCGCGUCCUCCAGGUGACAGGUGGCUACACAGGUGAUGCGCUCAAAAUCGUGGCGCAGAGGUACCAGCAUGUGGGGGGCGUUGGAUCAGCUGAGGAGUUGGUGAGCGUAGCGUGGCACCCCGAGGAAGAGAGCGAGACGCAGCCGGAACCGAGGCAGGACGGGGCGUGGUGGUGCGCACUCAGUUCUCUGAAUCCAUCUUUGGCGUAUCUGUGGACUCGCUGAUGCCGGGGAAGCGUCGGCGUCUCCUGAACCUCACCGUCACGCCACACACUGGAAAACACUGGCAGGUGAGCCUACAUGUGCCAAUUAUCUCUACAGCCCUCGAGUGGGAGACGAAGCUCUGGAAAAAUCAGGGCAAGCAACAUUGGGAAGUUAAUGGGGAAGUCAAGUCUACCAAAUCUGACAUAUCGUUAGAGUUCGUUCACUUCAAGCAGGAGAAGCAGGACGAGGAGACUCAGGUCACGGAUGACAGAGGUGAGGCUGGCAGGUGUGAUGCUGAAGGUUGUGGGGACGGCAAUGUCAAGGAGCCAAAAGCCAAGUCGCGGCACCACGUCGACAGUGAUUGCGACUCAGAUUUAAGAAAAGAACAGACAGUAGACCAGAAUGAAGUUUGUAGUGGUCGAGAUCAUAAAUCAGAAGACUUAAAGCAAAAUGAUCCUGAUUCCAUAAUGGUAAAUGUAGACGAAGAAUGUUCCAGGAAAGCGGAGUGUGAUGGACCGGAAGAGUCAGUGUCAAGUGACGCUGUUCAAGAGACUACACAAAAAUUAACUUCCCGGGUUUUCAGCCUUUCUUCCAACAUGAAGACUUACGUCUCAUCUGACGGAGGACGCUGGAUUCGGAUCCUGCAGCGCACACACCUGGCAUUCUGUCCUCACGUUGGCUGGAACUUGAACCAAAUAUUUCGGUUCAAUCGUGACUGGACUGGGUGUUCAAUCGUGACUGGACUGGGUGGGAGUACGUGGUGAACACCUGGGAGUGGGGCAACAUGGUGGUGAAGGCGGAGUGGGGCGUCUCUCUCCUGCAGUGGUACCAGAAAACUUUCAGCUUCUCUUUCGACCAGGCGGCGGCGCUCCCCUCCACGCAGCUGGUCCUGGAUUUCCGUGACUGGUGGAGCUACAAGGUGUGGCUGAAGUGGCCGGUCCUCGCGUCCUCCCUCGCCGCUUCCCUCACGCUUGGUCGCGACAGUCACACACUGCUGGGCGAGUCAGACCGUGUGGGGGUGACGUGGGAAGUGAAGAAAGUGGACGAGUUUCUGGGUGAGGACGCCGGAAAGGUGGUGGCGCGGGUGGUAGCGCGACACACCCCUGCUGGCUUGGUGGUGACCUUCCACGCCGACACCGCCAGCAUGCAGGAGCUCCACGAUACCGUCACUGCCGUCCUUGCUCAGGCCAUGGAGAGCCCUGACCUGUGUGGCGAGGUGCCUGACCACGCCACGCUUCUGAAGUUCCUGCACGACUUCCUUGGACAGUCACCGGCGAGUCUCUGGGCGGAUCUGCUGCAGGAAGUCCGUCGCCUGCUGCUGGGGUCUGGCACCGAGGCAGACUUACAUCACCUGCUGGAAGUUUUCAGGGAGGAAAUGGGGACAGCAGAAGGCGUAGGAUUGUGGGAGGCAGUAUGGACGGUGCUGGAGCGGGCGGGGCUGCUGCGUUCCCGCGGCGAGGAGGUGGAGGUGGUGGUGCCCUCCGAGUGGAUUAGGCUGGCGCAGGGGUGGUUCACUUGGGCUGUCAUGGGAGGCGGCGGGCAGUGCGAAGGCAACACACUGAUGGUUAACCUGGUGGAUGCGCUGGCGGAGACCCUGAGGCGAAGUGGCAGCGGGCAAGCAACCUUUUGACCCACCAGUCAGACAAACUUUUAUGUUCGUUCUGAAGGCAAAUCAAAAGCAGGAAUUUGUUACCAAAACCAUAAAUAAAUGACGUCAUCGUACAUCUGGCAUCCAUUCGUGUAGCUGCUAUACAACACUAUAUUGUUUAUUUAUUUUUUUUUUACUUUGUGUUGAUUAAUUGCUUGCUUAUUCUUAGAAAAUAUGUAGGCGAUAAUAUCAACAUAAAUUAUAUACAUGUAUUCAUUUCAUUGGGACUAUUCACUCCUGUUGCUACGUUCUCAUGUUCGUUUGUAUUGAAAAAUGUUCCCUUAAUUAUCAAUACACCCAACCAUCAAUAAUUAUUAUAGUAAUAUCAAAAUAAAAUGUUCAUUGUUAAAUACUGUAUCAAAAUAAAGCCAAUCAGGGACCUCGACACUUGCUUUACCAUUUACGUAAGAAAGAAAACCCCGUUGAAAAAGCAGAAUCAACUGGACUUCCGCGGGAAACUACAACAAUCAUCAUCAGUCCACUGCUAUUUCCUCCGCGUAAAAGCAAUGCAAGAUGUGCUACCUCGUUUUGGAGGUGUUUUCAGGACACAGGGAAGGAAGAUGAAACCUGACUAUCUUGCACCUCAAAGGAUGGACAGCUUAGGAUACCACACGGAGGGGGUGAAGGAGCCUUGGGGAUGCCUGAAGGAGGGGCAGUGAAGGAGGGUGGCCUGGAGGUGAAGGAAAUGCAGAAAAUUCCUCUAAUACUGAGCGCUUCUCUGGUCAGACCAUCCUUCACUGAAUAUUUGGACCGAGGCUUCAAGAUACGAGUGAGCCACGCGACCCUCCAAAACAGCGCCAUCCUGCCUACUUGUGGUGUAGCAUCCCUGAUCGUACCCCUCCCUCCUCCUCCUCCUCCUCCUCCUCCUCCAGCAAAGAAGAGACCUUUGACCAGCUGGUGGACAGGGUCCGCGCCUUUAGCCGAGUACACGCGGGGGCGUUGUAAUACUGGUGGGUGCUGUGUUUGGCAUGGAGGAGGUGAACGGGGUGUUGGGGAAGUUAUCAAGGCGGUUACUACCACGCCCUCCCCUGCUACUGCCUGCCCACGGGGAAGCCCAGGCUGCCGCGCACAUACAACUACUGGCAAAGAAGUAGCGGCGGGGCUGGAAGUGGGCGGGAGUUUAGCAGGCUUCGCUAAGAUUGGGCUGGAAGUUAACGGAGGAGGAGGCGCGGCACGUGACAAUGCAAUACAGGGCUUACAGAGGACAGGCGUGACUGGGCCCUGCCUCGCCGCCCUUGUCAACACCUUAGAGAGAGAUACGCUCACCUUGUAGAGAGAGAGAGAGAGAGAGAGAGAGAGAGAGAGAGAGAGAGGAUAUAUUUUAAUUUUCUUUCGUUAUAUAUUCAAUUUAUUUAUUUAUUUAUUAUUUUAACGGUUAUUUUCUUUUCUCUAUUUUUCGUUUCGUUUUUUUUUUAUGGAAUGUUGAAUUUUACCUAUAUUUGUUUACAUUUUUUUUUAUCAAUUUCUUUCGAUUUUAUAUUCAGUUCAUUUAUUUAUCUUUAUUGUUUUAAGACCAUUUGUUUAUUUUAUUUAUUUUUUCGUUCAUUUUCAUAAUGGGAAUAUUUACUUUUAUAUAUAUUUUUCAAUUAUUUUUCAUUUCUUCGAUUUAAGUGUGUCUAAGUACUUGCAAGGAUCAUUUAUUUAUUUAUUUACUUUUAUUUUCCGUCCGUUUUUAUUUAUUUAUUUAUUUAUUUAUUUAUCUUUUAUAAUGGAAACUUAUUUCAUCUUUUUUCCCGUUUUCUGUUACUUGUUCAUGCCAGGGGUGACAAUAAACAUUAAGAUUA